AUGGGGGAUGAAAUGCAUCACCUGGGUUCUUCAUCGUCGAUGAUGCAAAUUGUUUCUGUAUUUGAUCUGGAGAGUAUCACUUUUUCAAAGGACAAGAUUGGUUAUGGAGGAUGUCGGUCAGUGAAUGAAUUCGAAAAAAUGAAUCGUGUUGGUGAGGGUACAUACGGCAUUGUAUAUAGAGCCAAGGAUACGAAAACUGGAGAGAUUAUUGCACUAAAAAAGGUAAGAAUGGAUGAGAAAAGUGAAGAGAACGGAAUUUCAAUAUCAGCAAUUCGUGAAAUCCAUCUGCUCAUGAGUUUGCAUCACAAAAAUAUCGUUCAGUUGAGGGAAAUCGUAGUAGGACAGCAAUUAACUUCAAUUUUUCUCGUUAUGGAGUACUGUACUCAGCCACAGAUUAAAUGUAUUGUAAUGCAGUUGCUAAAGGCACUGGUUUAUUUGCAUGGAAAACACGUAGUUCAUCGGGAUUUGAAGGUUUCUAAUCUUCUCUUAACAGACGAUGGUUGCUUGAAAGUUGCUGAUUUUGGAUUGGCGCGAACAUUCGGAGAACCUUCCAAGCAGAUGACGCCAAGAGUUGUUACGUUGUGGUACCGUAGUCCAGAAUUAUUAUUUGGUGCAAAAGAACAAAGUACCGGUGUUGAUAUGUGGGCGGCAGGAUGCAUUCUUGGAGAACUGCUUAUACACCGACCUCUUUUACCAGGGAAAACUGAGCUCGAUCAGAUUAACAAAAUAAUCGAUUUGCUUGGAACUCCGACCGAAAAGAUAUGGAAAGGAAUCGAAGAAUUACCCGCUUUGCGUAAUUUCCAAUUACGCUCCCAGCCGUACAAUAAGUUGAAGUGUGUGAUGGAACGUGCUAGUGAUAGUUGCCUGCAACUUUUAAAUGGCCUCUUCACUUUUGAUCCAUCUCUAAGAAUUUGUGCAAAAGAUGCGCUGUGUUCACGAUAUUUCAAUGAGCCUCCAUAUCCAUGUGAUGCAAGCAUGAUGCCAUCAUUUCCACAACAUCGAAAUCGAAAGCGUAAAAGAAAAAGUAGUAGUUCCAGCAAUAAUUGA